AUGGGCUAUAAUCCAAAGCCUACUCUCCAGACAAGCAUUAACCUUUGGCAUCAAAACACCGGACUAUGGCUCACCGAGGGCGACGAAUUUAAGGACUGGCUUGGCUCUCGAAAUGGCAAACCCUGGCUGAGUGGCAUUCCAGGUGCCGGGAAGACUGUUCUGGCAGGCUUGAUGAUUCAAGAGUGCCUAGCAGCGACGCAAUACGUUGGUUCAAACAAAGGGUGCUGUUUCUUCUUCUGCGAUUACAAGGAACUGGAGUCUCUGGAAGAGGUCAAUAUUCUGAGCUGCUUGGCUUCACAACUUGCCAGACAGAGCCACGAUGCCUUCGGAAUAAUGGCCGCCUACUACAAAGACCUAAACCCCGGGAACAGCUUGCCUAGGUCCCCCGAGGCCGCAGUCCUUAUUGAGAAGCUGGUAGAGAUGACCCAGUGCUUCGACCAGGUAUUACUAGUCGUUGAUGGUCUUCAGUCAAAAGUAACCGAGUACCUUGCAUCCCCAAUAUGCAAAGCCCCGUCGACCUCAGUGGCGUUACUAAGUCGUGUGGAAGAGCAUAUCCGGGUGCUUCUAGACGGGACAUUUCAUCACAUCGAGAUCGCUGCUCAGAGCGCAGAUGUAGAUAUGUACGUCCGCGCAGAGUUGAAACAGAGAAUUCAGGAACAGAAACUGCGCAUUCGCCGACCAAGCUUGGAAGGAGAGAUUAUCGAGGCAUUAAUACAGGGAGGUCAGGGGAUGUUCCUUUGGGUCAGCUGUCAAAUGGACUAUCUGUGCGAUUUCUGCAAGGAGGCAUUAGGGAAAUUGCCACCAACUCUGAAUGCAACAUAUGAACGAAUUCUACGGAACGUCGUUCCAGCAUCUUCACACAUCAUGCAAAUGACUUUGCGAAUGGUGGCAGCUGCAGGGAGGGAGAUAUCAAUACCGCAACUAAGUGAUGCGCUUGCUCUUCGCUAG